UCUGUAGAUCCCCAGCCGUUGGAAUGUGUUUAUUGACAAACUGGAGAGAACAGCUAAGGAGGACUGUCUGCUGUUCUAUGAGGGAGAGAUGGCAGUUCUGUACAAGGGUCGGGACAACGGACCAAUCAUACCACAGGAACUGGAGGUGAGGUUACACAAUGGACCAAUCAUACCUCAGGAACUGGAGGACUGGCACAAUCAGAUGUACAACAAGUCCCUGGAUCUCCUUCAACAUUUGCUAUUCGGAUUGGGAGACUCUGUGGAGGUGGCGUCCCUUGACCUUGGCCGUGAGAUCCGCAGCAAGUUUGACAAGACUCUGGAGAUCAACGACAAGAAGAUCAAGCUGAGAUGUACAGAGUGGCAGAGGAGACUUGAGCUUGAGGCCGAGGAGAGACUGGAGGGUGUGCAGCUGCCAACCCGGUCCAGCCUCCUGGAGGAGGAGUUUGUUGCCGUGGAAACCAGCUGCAUCAGCAGCUUCCAACAGGAAGUGGGGAAACUGCUGGGGAAGAAGGCUUACAGGAAAUACAUGGAGCAACUCAAGAGUUCACUACAGAACGUCCACGACAAGUUUGCACUGAGGAACACCAGAAUGUUAGAAGACCUGCUGGACCAAGCUGUGCAAAAUGCCAUAGAUGGUUUCCGUGAGAAGGCAGUUAUCCCAGACAAGUCUCCCCUGUCCCCUGGUGCUGUGGUCAGGCAGGUGGCAGAGGCAACUCUCACAGCCACUAAGAUCUUUUCAGCAGAAGCCAAGGCAGCUGAAGGAGAAAAAAUGUAUGAACCAUACCAGGCAGUACUGCAGACCCGUAUGUCUGAGGAGCAGGAGAGGUUUGAGGAGGCCAACAGUGAGCUGGUCAGGCUUUUCUGUCUCUCCAAGGUCCGUGAGUUGGUUGAUGAGUUCAGGAGCAGCACUGGGAGCACUGAGAUUAUCUUACCCAUCAACAGCACAGAGCUGGAAAUGAGAUUAAAACAGAGCUGGCUCAGAGUGGAGGCUCAGUACAGGGAUGCUGAGGAUGACUACUCACUAUUCACAGCCUAUGAUGACGGCAUGAAAACUUUACAGGAGAGAGUGGAAGAGGUCUACAAGCAGAGGAGACAAGAAAAUGUGGAGGCAUUUGCAAGAGAAGUGGAUGCUCCUCUGAAGACAGCUCGUGACAUCAUCAAACUGUCAGCAGACAAAUAUGACACAGUCUUCAGUGUGACUCAAUAUAUCCGCCAGGUUUGCCUGCUGCAGUUAAACCAGGGCCAGCCCAAAUACUGGCACCAGGAGCUGAAGGCCAGCAUCAUCGACCACUUCAUCCAAUCAGAGAAGGACAUCCAGAGAAUCAUCCAAUCACGGCAGGGCUGGUGGUCAGCUGUAGUUGGGUUCUUCCAGUGGUUGCUAUGGAUAUUUAGAAUAGAUGUUUUAUAGCUUUACUAUCAACAAAUCAGAAGGGAGUUGCAUUUGGUCAACCAAUCACAGGGGCGCUGGUGGUUAG